CCUUCCCGAGCAGCGUUCUAACGUUCAAAUAUUCGAAAAGAGCGGCGCAUCGCGAGGAGGUUAGAUGAGAAGGUACUAGGAGACGUCAGGGGCAGCGGUGGUGGCGGCGGCGUCGAUGGAUUUCCACGCGCUCUCACGCCGCGAGCUCCAGGCGCUGUGCAAGCGCAACCGUGUCCGGGCCAACAUGACCAACGCUGACAUGGCGGAGGCGCUCCAGUCCCUCCCCUCGGUGGACGGGAUCGACGAGAUCCGGAGGACGGCGCCGCCGGUGAUGUCCGCGAUGAAUUCGGCGCCGGAGGUGAUUGGGGAGGAGCAGCCGCACGGGUGCCCGCUCCCCCGCCGCGGCCGUGCGCGUGCGAAGACAAGGAGGGCUGCGGCGCAUAAGACGGAGGAGGCGGCACCGGCCCCUGCCACCUUGCAGGGGAGCCAGAGGAUGGCGACACCGGAGGCCGCGGCGCCUAUGGAGGCGGAAGGGGUGUCCACGGCAAAGAGAAGGACGAGGAGGAGGUCAGCGAGAUCUAAAGGGAAGAUGGCUGUGGCAGCAAGGAAGGAGCCGAAACCUGAUUCUUCGGAUACGACCAUCGGUUCUGCUGUACUAGUUUCAGAUAAGAGCUGUGAUGAUCCUAAGGAGGAGCAAGUGGUUGCCGCGGUAGAGGAUAAGGCUACGACGACACAGGAAGGAAUUGUAGAAGAACAGAAACUGGUCAGUACUGUUCACAAGUCUGCUUCCUUGUCUACGAUGGAGGAUUUACCAAUCCUAAGCGUCUCGUCCAAGGUGGAAGCCCCAGAACCAGUCAUUGAGAUGGAACAACAUGCCUCAGUUGGAGAUGCUGAGGCAUUUGCCGAAUGGUCACCUGCGAGGGAGAUGACUGAUAAGAUUAAUCCUGUCAUUGAAGAUAAGGCAGUGGUUGCGGAUGAGAUGGCCGUCAAGGAAGAUGGUUUCACUCUCACUGAUGAGGCUGAUCAGUCGAAUCUUCUUGUCAAUACACUUGACAGAUUUGUAAAGCCCGUGUGUGAAUUCGCCGUCAAGGAGGAGAAGAAAGAGGGUGAAUGUUGGUGGAUGCUUAUGUAAUUUACAAGGAGAUAUAGGACACCAGGUCCAGUCAGUCAGGAACUACCAACAACCAUCAAUAGAUAUGAUCCGGGUAACAAAAGGCAUGAAAAACUCUACAAUCAGGAUUAGAAGAGGCGGACCAAAAUUACCCAUGCUUUGCCGUCCUCCUACAAUCUGGAACUUUAACUAGUAUGAUCCUUGUUGAUUUACAACUGAAACAAUAGUGACUCGGGCCAAAGCUAGAUGGCAAAUAGUCACAGCAUCAAAUAGCUUGAAAAAAUGUUCAAUAAUAGAGGACACAACGAGUUCUGAGAGUAUGGCUGCAUAGGAAAUUAAAUGUAGACAACCAGUUAAGUGCGUUACCAUGUUGUUUGUAAUAUUAUAGUAAAUUUUCAGCA